UGUCGUACAUUUUUGCAGAAUCACCAUGGCGGCUGUGUUGAAAGAGACUGCGGGCUUGUAUGAAACGUUGAAAGCUGAGUGGAAUAAAAAGAAUCCAAGUCUGAACAAAUGUGGCGAGAUACUGAGCAAGCUUAAGAUUUCCCUUUUGGAGUUGAACUUUUUACCAACUUCUGGAGCCAAACUCACCAAACAGCAGCUUAUUCUUGCCAGAGAUGUAUUGGAGAUUGGAGCACUAUGGAGCAUUCUCAAGAAAGACAUCCCCUCUUUUGAACGCUACAUGGCUCAGCUCAAGUGUUAUUACUUUGAUUACAAGGAGGAAUUACCAGAAUCUGCUUACAGCCACCAGUUGCUGGGUCUGAACUUGCUCUUCCUCCUUUCUCAGAACAGAGUGUCUGAGUUCCACACAGAGCUGGAAAGACUGAGCGCAAAAGAUAUCCAGACUAAUGUCUACAUCACACAUCCGGUUUCAUUAGAGCAGUACCUGAUGGAGGGCAGUUACAACAAAGUUUUCCUUGCCAAGGGAAAUAUCCCUGCUGAAAGCUAUACCUUCUUCAUUGACAUUCUCUUGGACACCAUUCGAGAUGAGAUAGCAGGCUGUAUAGAGAAAGCAUAUGAACAGAUCCAAUUCAAUGAGGCCACAAGGGUGCUUUUCUUUUCCUCUCCAAAAAAGAUGACAGAAUAUGCGAAGAAAAAAGGCUGGACACAGAGCCCUGAUGGAUACUAUUCAUUCAGUACACAGCACCAAAAGACAGAGGAAGUUACCAUCCCCUCCUCAGAGCUGGCUGAACAAGUCAUUGAGUAUGCAAGGCAGCUAGAAAUGAUCGUGUAGUUUGAUUACUGUCCGUUUAGACAAUUUCAUCUUUGUUUAUUGAAAUAUACAAAUAAAACCAUUGUACAGUU